CAGCGGCUUCUUCCAAUCCACGAGUGUCAUGUCUCACGACGAAUUUGAACAUUACGACUUUUCAGAAUUCACCGAUGAGGAGCUUGCAUGUUUCGAUGUACAUGUCACGACAACCCUGCAGCAGAAGGUGCCCGAUGUUAGUCAAUCGCAGCAAGUUAUUUCGGCGGGCCCCAGGAAAGCUGGUCUCAGUGGCUUUGGUGGUGGACCUGCGCUUGAUAUCGGUUUUGAGUCGAGUAUGACUAACACGAAUCGUAUUGAGGAAACUCCAAAAAUUGCUGUCAAUACGAGAAAGCGUCAUAUCUCGGCUAGCAUAAAGCCCUUGCAGCGUACCGCCACACUCGAUUCUGGAAUGCGUCCGCGAAAACAGGUGAGAAGUCCCUACGAGCAGUUUUGCUCUUGGAAGAAGGGAUUCUCGGUGACAGACCUUGUCUCACCUGUUUGGUGUGAAGUACAAUAUGAGUAUGGGCUGUAUGGAGAGCGUAACAAACCCAUCGAAAGGCGACCGUCUUCCUUCACGUCAAGAGACGGUAAACAAAUUCAGGUUCAUCAAAAUGUGGCACAACAAAACGAUAGGACACUCAAGAGAGGAGCCUCUAUUCACAAAGCUCUGGAACUGGAAGUGCGGCCGGAAAAAGUUCCCAUCCGCAUAUCGACUAAUGGGGAGCGUUGGGCUUUACGUCUUUUCAAUCUCACUGCUGGCUUAGAACAACUAAUUCAUGAGGGUCUAACGCGGGAACUCCCAGUUUUCGGAAUUACGCAUGGACAAGUCAUCUUCGGAAUAAUUGAUGAAGUGACUCGGCGUGUUCCAUCAGAAGUAAACGAACUUUACAACCCUGUCAAACGUAGUUUGGUCUCUUCCGAAUCAUCUCCCGUCAAGAAGAAGCCGCGUCGGUCGCCGUCCCCAUCACAAAAUGAUAUACGUGCUUUUUGUUCUACUUCCGAGGAGACCAGGGCAGCGGAUCAGCUCCCAACCGAGGAGGAAGUUCAUGACAAUUCUGUGGCGGGAACUUCGGUCCCAAGGCCCGUUCACCCACAACUCACAUUCUACGAUUUGACACUCGUCGACUACAAGACUCGUCGCGCACCAUCACUGCCCUCAGACGAGGAUACGGUGUCAUCACAGAUGCAACUUAUGCUUUAUCAUCGCCUGCUCUCUCCACUCCUCUCACCGGAAACCUUCGAUUUCGAUUUACUAUGGGCAAAGCAGGGCAUCAAUCCGCAUCAAUCAUUUUCCAGACAAUUUGUAGAAGACAUCGGUUUGCUAACAAGAGAUGAAAGCGACUUUCAUAUAGAUCUGACCUCCAUGGUUGCCGCAUGGGUCUCUGUCGUUCACUCGGCUCGGAUGAGUGGUGAACAACUGAGAGGCAUCCAUUCCGAGCUACAAAUUAUCUACCGGAAAGCUGGGGUCGAGAAGGACUCGGUUCAUGGACGGAAGGCGAAAACCGAAGAAAAAGCAGUCGAUAAUUCCCCGGAAGCGCUUGCCCUUCAAGAGGAACUGGAUAUAGCUCGUGCUAUAGAAGAGAGUUUGCGCCCGCUUGAUCAGGAUACCGGAGAGGCCAGUACUUCUCAGGCUGCGGUCCAAUAUGCUGCGCAAACCGAAAUUGCGAUUGAUGCGGUUGUUGACAUUACUAGCCCUGCUCAGGAAGAUCCUGAGCUGAUGCAGGUAGUGCAAGAUUUAUUGCCUGCAGGCGCCCGCGGCGUGCCCGACUCCAAUCCACAGUCUAUUGUUGCGAAAGAACACGAAGCGACGGUUGAUAAGUUAACUAAUUUAGAAGAAAACAGGACUCAUCCUGAUGGAAAUGGUGACCCUCCAGAUGAGGAAGAUACCUCUGGCAUUUCGACGAUAUUGGGUUCCAAGAAGUUCUUCAUGGAUGACGAUCGGCUCGAUGCGCAUCUCAAAGAUAUUCUUCAAUGGUGGUUUGGCAUUCGCCCUCCCAGGGGUGUUGAACUCGCACAGUCCAGUCGGUGUUUCAGUUGCGAAUAUCAAAAUAGUUGCGAAUGGAGAGCACAAAAAGCUAAUGAGACUACUAGUGUUGCUCUCGGAAAGCGUAAGGAAAUCGCGAUAUAAUUUUACAUAAAAGUAGCCAAACUCGUUGGUGAUAACCCGAAGCAAGAGAAGGACUGUAUCAAACGGAAUGGGGCGGAAUAAUGUAAACUACUGGUGUAUUUGAUUUCGUGUAUCUAAGGAAGGCUACUUUGGUUGAACGGUC